AUGUCUACCGCUGUUGCAUCCGCAGCGGCCCCCUUGUCCUCCUCACACCCUACUCGCAACCCCAGCCCGAGAAAUCUCCCGGCUUUGGCUCCUCCGAAUAACGUACCAUCCAAUUCCUCUCCGCCCCGAAUGUCCAAAAGUCCCCAUGGAUCCGCAGUACAUGGUUCCCCGACCGAGAGAAGAGGUCCAGCGUCACCAUCCCAAGGUGGCAGCGGAGGCCCCCAGAUCACCGUCAAGAAGGAACCGGGAUCAUCCCCACGAAUGCAGAGUCGACCCCGGCCUCGGAAAUUGGACCUUUCGACUAGUCUUCCGUCCUCGAGUGGUUUGACAGUUCGACCUCCGGGAGGGCCGUUGACGGCUUCCAUGCAAGAUGUCGGUCUCGCAUGUUUGUCGCCGGGUUUCCAGACUCAUGAUCCGAUCAUGCGAGAGCAGCUGCAGCGCAGCCUCUCCGUGCGGGAUCAACAGCGGUCGAUCAUCGAACAGCGCAUGCAAAGAUCUGCCAAAGAUGAUGGCCCGGACGGUCUCAAGCUCUCCGAGUCGAAUCUGAUGGGUAUGCCCAAAACCGGAAAGCGCAGACCGCCCGGCCUGUCUAUCGUUCCUCCAUCUGCCUCUCAAUUCGCAAAUGAGCGGGUCAUUCAAUCCGCACCGCUUCACCAGACAUUCACUGGUCGAUACCAGCCACAGCCAUUGACCCGUCAUGUCGUCAACCAGAGCCCGACCUUGGGCUCGACCUCCCAUAUGCAUCAGCUACCGGCAACCCAAACAAACAACCGUCUUCCUCCUCUCUCUGACGUCUUCGGCUCCGAUACAUUGGGUCGCGACCGGGAUCCCGCCUUGGCUAAUAUCCACCUGAACGCAUCGAGCAACAAUUCCUCUCAAUCCAACAAUCUGGCGCCGUUGCCAUCCCCGGGUCUACCGGGUAGCGUGUCCCAGAUCCCCAACCGACCGCGCGAAUACCGCUCAGCCGAAGAGGCAGUGCAGGAGAUGUCCGGUGGACGAGAGGAGCUGCUGCCCCGCAUUGUGCACUACGGAGGUCACCAACCCCCCACCCCGCCAUCGCCACAAAUCCUCCACGCAGCCCCCAAGACGGCGCCUCUUGCCCCGGAACCUCAAGCGCCGCAUGGUCCGCCCCCCUCCGUCCUUUGCGAGUAUGAACAAGACAACGGAAGUCCGCCUCUGGGCCAUGGCCCCGACUCUCAACACCGACCCAACCCAGCUUCCAUGCCCGGUCCACAUGCUUCAUUCCCCGGGCCCUUCGGUGCAGGAAGAGACUCACCGGAGACGCAGCGCAGAAAGAAGGACGAGUUCCUUGGUCUCUGCGCACGAGCUUGGGAUCUGUUCCACUCGUAA